UGAAGUACACAACGCAAACACUCACACUAUCAACGCUUUCGAAUCUCCGUCAAUGGCGGACCUCUCCUUCCUCGCCCUCCUCCUCCUCCUCCUCCUCCCGCUCGCCCUCCUCUUCCUCAUUCUCUACGUCAUAGUCCGGCCCCACCCCGUCAACAUCCCAAUCAAGAACCGCCACGUGUUCAUCACCGGAGGCUCCAGCGGAAUCGGUCUCGCCUUGGCCCACCAGGCCGCCACGGAGGGCGCAAGAGUCUCCAUCCUCGCGCGCUCCCUCGACAAGCUCGAGGAAGCAAAGAACUACAUCCAGCUCUCCACCGGCAUCGACGUGUCACUCUUCGCCGCCGACGUCCGCGACUACGACGCCGUAUCGAAGGCAGUGGAGGAGGCGGGUCCCAUCGACUUGUUGAUCGUGAACCAGGGGGUGUUCGUCGCCGAGGAGCUCGAGAAGCAGGGAUUGGAUGAGGUGAAGUUCAUGGUGGAGGUGAAUCUGAUUGGGAGCUUCAACAUGAUCAAAGCCGCUCACCCCGAAAUGAAGAAGGGAGAGGACCGUGGGCCCCGCUCGAUCGCGCUGAUGUCAUCCCAGGCCGGCCGGGUCGGAAUCUACGGCUACACGGCCUACUCCGCCAGCAAGGUCGGGCUCCGUGGCUUGGGCGAGGCUCUGCAGCAAGAGGUGAUUUCUCACGACAUUCACGUUUCUCUUGUAUUCCCGCCAGACACAGACACCCCUGGUUUGGCUGAAGAGAACAAGAGGCGGCCGCCGCUGACUGGCAUUAUAGCGGAGUCGUCUGGGGCGAUGAAAGCCGAAGAUGUUGCGAAGAGGGCUUUGGAUGGCAUUAAGUCCGCUUCUUUUAUUGUGCGUUGCAACUUUGAAGGGUUAUUGUUGUCCAUUGCCACUGCUGGGUUGUCUCCUCGGAGGUCGUUCGUUAUGGCAUUUUUUGAGGUGGUUGCAGGUGGUUUGUUUCGCCUUGUUGCUCUGUGUUUUCAGUGGAGUUGGUAUACCAGCAUACAGAAGUGGCAAGCACAGAACAAGAGGACCUGAUAUUCGUGGUGCUUUGUAUUGCACUUAGACUGCAGCUGUCGGUUGUGCGUUACUUUGGUCCGUCGAGUCUCUGACCUCAUCCAGGGUCAAAUCUAGUUGUAGAAUAAAAGAAGUAUCACUACAAAAAUAGGGAUAAAAAUAUUUUUAAAUACGUGUAAGAGAAUAUGGUAAUUAUAGUAAGAAAUAAGAUAAUUGUAGUAAGAAUAGUCAUGCAAGGUGUUUCCACAAGGAUUAAAUAAAUAAUUUGUAUUUAAACUAA